GACUCUUGUGAGAGAAGGGCGGAUAUGCUGGGUGUGCUUUUUGUUUUCCUCUAAAAAAAUUGAUAUCUUAAAUUAUUUGGAUCAGCAUUGAGUUUGUCGUACAGGCUAUACACACGCUAAGGGCUGGCAUUCCAAGACGAGACUGUCCACAAAAAGAGGAAGAAAAUCAGCCCAAGAUGAGGAUCCAUAUUGGCAGCGUGCUCGUCUUCCUGCUCUUGAGUUUUGCAAGGAGUGAAUACACAGGUGGCGUCUCCUUCUGGCAGAAGAACUUUACCAUGACCUGUCCAAAAAAGGGGGACUGGUACAAGACAGAGGGAGACAUAAAGAUCAACCAAGCCAGCGAGACACUCGAACAGGAAUAUAAUGACAUGACAAAAGGCCAUUACCACUGUAUACAUAAUAAGGAAAAAUAUCAUUUUUACGUGAAGGGAAAAGUGUGUGAAAACUGCUAUGAGCUGGACCCCGUCACAGUGGCAGUGGUCAUCAUUGCAGACGUUUUGCUGACACUGGGAGUCAUUCUGGUGGUCUACGUUCGGGCCAGAAAGAGGAAGUCCGCCGGAGCGAAACCAAAGAAAGUGUCUUCAUCUGGACCGAGUGGGAGUCCGGCUACAUCCUCUCCUGACUAUCAGACUCUGCACCCCAACAGCCGCUCCGACCCGUACUCUACUGUCCACCGGAUGGGGUGAGGACCAGGAGACACCCCGACUCCAGGCUCUGGAUGAACGCACACACACACACACAUGCACAAAUGCACACACAGGCAACACACACACACGCACACACUCACACACACACACACACACACACACACACACACACACACACACACACACACACACACACACACACACACACACACACACACCCACACACACACACACACACACGCACACACACACACACACACACACACACACACACACACACACACCAGACACACACACACACACACACACACACAGACACACACACAGACACACACACACACACACACACACACACAUGCAUGCACACAGAGGGGCAACACACACAGGUACCCACACACACAGUAUUUGCACCUGUGUCACUCAACUUACAUCUCUCUCUACAUUUCUCUCUCUCUCUCUCUCUCUCUCUCUCUCUCUCUCUCUCUCUCUCUCUCUCUCUCUCUCUGGAUCCAUUACAGAGUAUUUUCUUCAUUAACUGUUGCUUCAAAACACAGGUCAAUAUUUGUAUACGCUUAAAACAUUAUUAAUAAUCACUAUGUUUUAAUCUGCCGCAUAAUUAGACAGUAGCAAUGGAGCCAUACAAAAUUCAUUAAUUUAUGGAAAAUGUUAUGUUUAUAAAAUGAUUGACUGUCUGAGAUAUUUUUUGUGAUAUGUUUCUUCUUUAUUCACAAAUGUUGCUACCUUUAUCUAAUUGUACAUUAUUAUUGGAAACUUGUAUACUGUAUAUAAUAAACCAUCAAUAAAUGCUGUAUAUUUUCUGUAAACCAUUUUGCUUACAGUUUUAUAUGAGUUAGGAGAAGUUAGUAGCAUCGGUGAGGUAGCAGAUAAUUGCAACCGAUUGAAAAAGGGCGCACUUACACUAGGCAAAGUCGCCCUGUACCGUACUCAAGUGGAUACAGGGCUCUGUAUCCACCCCCACCCCCACUGUGCUGCUGGCCUGUGCUCACACUACUAGGCAAUCUCAACUGGGCCGGAGUACGGUUUGCAUGGACUAUACGUCAUCCAGCUCAGGUUGUGUAUCCGUGUGUGUGCGCGUGUCGGCUCAUUAGCAUCUGUACCGUGGCCUGAGCACACCUCUCCGAAGUGUACUGAGGCCGCGGAAUUUAACUGUACUUGAGUAUGGAUGGUGUGCUCACACUUGCCAAACGAUCUAGACUUUAGGGGCAAACAUACUCGGGCACGGUACAGAUGGUGUCACACCAAAUUUGUACCGGGUACGUCAUCCUUACGUAAUCCAUUCCAAACCUGCCUGGCAACAGACGAUCGCGUCGAAUGACGUAGGAAGGUUCAAGAAAAUUUGCGAACUUGUUUAUUUAGCGCGACAAGACAGAUAACACUUAUUUUACAAAUUACAUUUAUUAGCGUUCCUAACUUUAUAUUUGUAUUGUAUUUAAUUGUUUAAUUGCAUUUAGCUAGUAACCUGAGUGUUAAGCGUGUAGUAAACCGAGUGUUUAACGUUCUCAUAGUCUAGCGAUCCGUUAUCUGUAUUAUGUUAUUUAGUCUUUGGCAACAUGAGCGGGAAUGUUUUCUGAAACCUGCCUGGCAACGGACAACCCCUUACGUAAUUGUUUUUUUCGUUGCCUGGCAACGGACAACUGAUUACGUACCCGGUACAAAUUUGGCAGCCGGUACAAAUUUGGUGUGAUAAUAUAUAUAUUAACUAGAUGCCCUACGGCGGCGUCUAGAACGUCACCAUAGGCCGCUGUCACGUUAAAAUUGUACCGGGG